AUGUCUACCUUCGCAUCAAUCCUCUUGUACGCCCUCACAGCAUCAGCCGAACACCACUUGCGCACGAACAACAUCGCCAUCCGACAAAACGGCAACACGAACACAUCCAUCCUCGUAACAAACCUCUGCUCCGAAACAAUCUACCCAGCAAUCCUGACCCAGGGCGGCACCGGACCCCAAAACACCGGCUGGGUAGCAGCCCCAAACACAAACGUCACAGUCCAAGUGAGCGAAGACUGGCAAGGUCGAGUCUGGGCCCGCUCAAACUGCACCUUCAACAGCAAUGGACAAGGGAAUGCGAAUGGAGGCGGCUCGCAAUGCACGACGGGGGACUGUGGGGGUCUGCUGGCUUGUAAAGGUCCUGGGGCGGCACCGGCGACGUUGGCCGAGUUCACGUUGACGGGGAGCGAUCAGCAGACUUUUUACGAUAUCAGUCUUGUGGAUGGAUAUAAUUAUCCUUUGGCCAUUGUUAUGCAGCCAAAUGGGAAUCAGGCGCUCCAAAACAUCGACCCCUCAACCACAAACCCCUCCUGCGUAGCCUCAAUAGGCAACUUCUUCACCGGCUCAAACUACAACCCCUACACCAACAACCAGCAAUUCCUCGGCACCUCCAGCUCCCAACCCCUCCCCUUCGACACCAAAAACACCGCCUCCUCCAUCUCCUCCUGGUGCCCCUGGGACCUCCAAGUUAACCCCCCCACCGCCCCCGGCAAUGGAGUCUACCCCUACCCAGACGACAACAUCCAACGCCCCGUCUACAACCCCUGCACAUCAGCCUGCGUGAAAUACGGCCAAGCCAAUUACUGCUGCACGGGCUCCUACAAUAAUCCGAAUAAAUGCUCGCCGAGCUAUUAUUCGAAGGCGGCGAAGAGCGCGUGUCCGGACGCGUAUAGUUAUGCUUAUGAUGAUCAGACCAGUACGUUUGUUAUUCCCAGUGGGGCGGGGUUUCAGGUCGUGUUUUGUCCCGGGGGAAAGAGCACGAAUAUUAUUGGGAGUAAGGGGGCGGGGAGUAUUAAGCACCAGCGGCGAUGA